UCAAGGUUUAUUGUAGUUUCGUGGCUGCAAUAUGGCAGCGCACAUGCUUCUGUGUUAACGUGAAGGUCUUGCCGGGUUUGUGUGAACACAGUUUUCAGCCUGCUAGGGAGGCCAAGGUCCAGGCAAACACACAGAAGAUGUCCAAAAUAUCCAAGGCAGCGAAAGCAGUGAAGAAGGUGGAAGUAGGUGGUGUGAUCAGAGCUAUUGUUCGAUCAGGACAGGCGGCUCCAGGGCCUCCCUUGGGCCCCAUCCUGGGACAGCAAGGGAUCCCAAUUGGUGCGUUCUGCAAGGACUUCAAUGAAAAAACCAAAGACCUCAAAGAAGGCAUUCCUCUUCCCAUCAAGAUCAACGUCAAGCCAGAUAGGACGUAUGACUUGAAGAUCGGGCAGCCCACGGUAUCUUACUUCUUGAAACAAGCAGCGGGCAUCGAGAAAGGUGCAGGAAAAACUGGGCAUGAGAUGGCGGGUAUGGUGUCUGUUAGGGCGGUGUAUGAGAUAGCAAAGGUCAAGGCACAGGACGAGUGCUUCAAGCUGCAGGAUGCGUCCAUGCAGAACGUGGUCAAGAGCAUCAUCGGUUCAGCCAGAUCACUCGGCAUCAAAGUUGUCGACGACUUGUCACCCGAAGACUACGGCGAGUUUCUCCGACAGCGCGAAGAGAGACUGAAGGAGGAAGCAGCAGCUAACAUGGAGGCAGCCACAGGAAAAAAGAAAUAAAUAAUAAUCUCACUGUAUCUGCUUGUUAUUUAUAUUCCAUGUCAAUACGCCCCUGCAUUGUGCAGACAACAGAAUCCCCGAAUUUACACAAGGCCCCCUUUGGUAAUAAAAUAAAUUUAUAUUA